AUGGACACUCUUCCUUCUGGUAAUCAGGAGGGAAACCUCCUCCGACCCAGGCCCAUGAGAGCCCUGCCUGAGGCUCUGCGCGCAACGGGCCAGGCUCCCAACGGCUUUGCUGAUGCCUCCUCCAGCAUCUCAAGUGGACGUUCGACGCCCGUCCCUCAAGAUGCGCCGCCGUCCGUCCAACACAUUUCCACGGCGCGGAAACAUGCUCGAGCCAAAGCGAAGCACCGCAUGUUCCACACCAUCAACUACACGAAUCGAGUGUCUUACUUCGACCCGCGAAGUGAUUACCGCGACUUUCGGGGCUUCUUUGUCUUGUUCUGGAUCAGCCUGACCAUCAUGGUCAUCACCACCGGUUUGCGGAACAUUCAAGAGACGGGCCAUCCACUGCGGGUUGAGGUCUACUCCCUCAUGUCUCGAAACGUCGUUUCCCUCGGGUUGGCCGAUGCUGCCAUGGUCUUUAGCACUGCGUUGAGCUUGCCCAUUCAAAAGAUGGUUCGGGGCCAGACGGGGUUUCUUCGCUGGCGAAGAGCUGGAUUUUGGAUACAAACCAUAUACCAAGGCAUCUGGCUGUUGAUCUGGGUCGAGCUGCCGUUCUUUCUGCGAUGGACAUGGACAGCGCAGGUCUUCUUCGCUCUGCACACUCUGACGUUUCUCAUGAAGAUGCAUUCCUAUGCAUUCUACAACGGUCAUUUGAGUGAGACGAAACGCCGUCUGCAGGAGCUGGACAAACCCGAAACGGCGGACAUGGCCAAGGCAGUCAAGUACCCCAGCUCCCCAUCACGACUACAGGAGAUGGACCCAGAGAGCUCGUCAGACGACGACUCACUCGAGGAGCUGGCCCAGCUUCGUCAAGACCUGGCCACCGAAUUGACCUCUCCGCUGGGCCAAGUCACCUAUCCCCAAAACCUGACACUGGCCAACUUCGUCGACUAUAUCCUUUGCCCGACUCUGUGCUAUGAGCUCGAAUACCCCAGGACACCCAAGAUACGGUGGGUGGAGUUAUUUCAGAAGACCCUCGCGGUCUUCGGCUGCAUUUUCCUGAUGAUCACCAUCAGCGAGGAGUUCAUCAGCCCAGUGUUGUCCGACUCGGCCGUUCGCCUUCGCCACGUCACUUCGUUCUCGGACAGGGCGCUUAUUCUCGCCGAAACCACAAGCCUUAUGCUCUUCCCGUUCAUGAUCACCUUCCUUCUGGUGUUCCUCGUCAUAUGGGAAUACAUUCUGGGUGCUUUCGCCGAGAUCACCUGUUUUGCAGACCGGCACUUUUACUCGGAUUGGUGGAACAGCAGCGACUGGCUCGAAUUCUCGCGGGAAUGGAACAUUCCAGUGUACCAUUUCCUGCGUCGGCAUGUGUAUUUCGCCUCCAAGGUAUAUUUUUCUAACUCGAUCGCCAUGGUCAUGACUUUCCUCGUCAGCGCACUCGGCCACGAGCUGAUCAUGGGGUGCAUUACCAAGAAGCUGCGUGGCUAUGGCUUCAUUGCCAUGAUGCUCCAGUUACCCAUAGUUGCCCUGCAGCGAAGCAAGUACAUUCGGGGCCGUUGGGUUUUCAACAAUGCCGCUUUCUGGAGCAGCAUGAUUCUAGGCUUGAGCGCCAUGUGCAGUCUGUACGUUCUGGUCUGA